UGGAGUGGAGAGACUCUCUCAACUUUCUUCCUCGCCAUCCCUUGAUCUCUAAAAAUUUACCCUCCUCUCCUUCUCUGGCAAAUAAGACUAAAAUAGUAACUCUGCUACUAAUAGCUCUCUCUCUUUAUCUGUGUUUGGGACUGAUCGGUUCAGGGGGGCCAUGUUGGAGGGGAUUUUACCCCAGAUGCCCCCACCCUUGACCCUUCUGGGGGUGGUAGUGGUGCUGUUUUUGUUCUACCUGCUCUCCUCCACCCCUGGAACUGGAAAAGACCCACCAGGACCCAGACCCCUGCCUCUUUUUGGGAACCUGUUCCACCUGGACCUGAAGCGGCUCCAUGUGUCUCUCUGUGAGCUGUCUAAGAAAUAUGGAUCUGUGUUCACUUUACACUUGGGCCCAAAGAAGGUGGUUGUCCUGGCAGGCUGCAAGACCGUCAAACAGGCGCUGGUAAACUACGCAGAAGAGUUUGGAGACCGGGAAAUUGCGCCCAUAUUUAGAGAUAGCUUGCAAGGACACGGUGUUGUAUUCUGCAACGGAAACUCCUGGAAGGAGAUGAGACGCUUCUCCCUCACCAACCUGCGAGACUUUGGAAUGGGCAAGAGGGGGAGUGAGGAGAAGAUCAUUGAGGAAUGUCGCCACCUCAUCGAGGUGUUCGAGAAUUUUAAAGGUGAGCCUUUCAACACCAUUCAGCCACUGAAUUACUCCGUCUCCAACGUAAUCAGCGCCAUCAUAUACGGCUUCCGCUUUGACUACACUGACCCCGCCUUCCAAAAAAUGGUCGACAGCACCAAUGAAAAUAUCCAGCUGUGUGGUUCAGCGGAAAUACUGGUGUACAACAUGUUCCCCUGGCUGCGCUGGUGUUGUGGCUGGUGGCUGAUGAAUCGGACACAGAUUUUGAAGCAGGACCAAUGCAACAUCAGCAAGAUUCAGGGGCUGGUGCAGGGACUGAAGGACACACUCAACCCUCAGGACCUCAGGGGAUUUGUGGACUCCUUCCUAGUUCGGCAGCAGGAGGAGUCAGACCAGCCAGGUUCCUACUUCCACAACAACAACCUGAACGUUACUGUCUACAACCUGUUUGCAGCAGGGACAGAUACCUCUGCAACCACCCUGAGAUGGGGCCUGCUGCUGAUGGCUAAGUACCCGCACAUACAGGACCAGGUUCAGGAGGAGCUGAGUCGGGUCAUUGGGGACCGGGAACCCCGGAUGGAGGACCGGAGGAACCUGCCCUACACCGACGCCGUGAUCCACGAGACCCAGAGACUGGCUAACAUUGCACCCUUGAGCAUUCCCCACACCACCAGCUGUGAUGUCACCUUCCAGGGAUACUUCAUCAAGAAGGGAACUACGGUAAUCCCACUCCUGGCGUCAGUGCUGCAGGAUGAGGAAGAGUGGGAGACCCCCCACAGCUUCAACCCUGGCCACUUCCUGGAUGAGAAGGGCUGCUUCAUCAAGAGAGAUGCCUUCAUGCCCUUCUCUGCAGGGCGACGGGCCUGUCUGGGAGAGAGCCUGGCCAGGAUGGAGCUCUUCCUCUUCUUCACCUUCCUCCUGCAGAGGUUCUGCUUCACACCACCACCGGGGGUGUCUGAGGAUGAGCUGGACCUGACACCAUCUGUGGGGCUCUCCCUCAGCCCUUCUCCCCACCAGCUGUGUGCUGUGAGCCGGGCCUAAACCCCUCUCCAGCUGAUGGGUGUGAAUCUCACACCAAACCUUUCUUGGUCACAAGUUACAGGAACUUUUGUUUGACUCACAGUAUCAGCUAUAUUAUUAAAUGUAUUUCUCCCCUCCACCGCUGUGGAGACCUUUCUUUUGCUUUUCUCUUUAUUCCAGGUUUCUUCAACUACUCACUGAUGAGGUCAUCUUAAGUGGUACAUAUGGGCCAAAUCCACAUUCCCUCACAGAGUAUUAUGAUGGCUGUUUUCAAAUGAAUUUGAUCCAUCCAUUUCCUGAAUUUACUGAGAAGAAAUUGACCCUACCUUGACUCCAGGUUUGAGACUGAAAUGUGAAAUUCUUUACGAUACAUGUAGAUUACAUGUAGACUUUAUUUGAUUAUUUCAGAAAGUGCGUCAAUUGUUAAAAUAGAGAUAAAUUUGAGGUCAUUUUACAUUUUUGUGUCAUUUCCACUAACCCUUGGAAUGCAAAGUAUUGAUGUUUUCCGUAAGUGAUCAGCCCCUGCAUAUAUUCAAUCACUGCAAUCAGAAGUUCCGCUACUUCGGGAUGCCUGGCACCUCCCCCUCGCCGCACCUGCACUUCUAUGCCAUAUGCCACAGAUUAUAAUAGCGUUCGUAUACAGUUAUUGUUUUACUCUGGAUAUUCUAGGUGCCAACUGUAGUAUGCUCAUUUAUCUAUUCUCCAAGUUAGUUCAUGUGUUCUUCAAGGGUUCAAAAUCCAUGGGGUCACACUCGGACUCGGAACCUCUACGGUCCUCAUCGCAUUUGUCCCUGUGUUCGAUUUGCACUUCCUUGUGCACGUCAUGAUAAAUAUAAAUAUUUAACGGGUUCAGCUGAUUCAGAUUCAAACCAAAGGACACAAGGCCUCGCCUCCCUCGUUCUCGACACACAAGCCCUGGUGCUCCUCUCAACAAAAAUGCAACCACAAAGAAAUUAUAAUUUCUGUCGAUUUGGUAAUAAUUAUUAAAUUCACUACCAUCCAUGUAAAAAUGAACUGUGCAAUCUGUGUCUGAACGUAAGGAAAUAAAGGUUUAAACCUG